ACAUCCAACUUUAUAGAGGUUUCCACCGUUCAUCCCAGCAGUUUGGUGUUUUGCUAUGAAAGGCUGAUAAAGUGGAUAAGUAGUGUCAUCGGUCAGCACUGAUGCGUGAAUUGGCCGACAAUCUCCAGCUUGCGAUAUCAUCGGACGACAGUAGAGCCAGUGGACGUGUGAAUUCACAGUUGUAGUGCUUCGUACACCAGACGAACAGAACGCGUAAAUGUAGGUACCCCCGAUUGAUAACGGAAGACGAAAAGGAAAAGUACAACGCGCGAUGACGAAUGCGAAAAACUCGACUCGAUUCGCACCGAAGGUGGCCGAUACUUGAAUCAGUGUUCGCGAUAAGUGCCCACCGGAAUGGGUGUCUAAUGUGUGCUUCUGGCGAGAUUUCAAGUUUUGGGUGCACUCGUGGAAGGCAGCCAAUAGCUUUGUGAAGUGCUUGUUAGUGCUAAAAACCCUGAAGCAGGAAACUGCGAAACUGUUUAUGAUUUUUCUUGUUGGAAAGAUUACGUAAGACAAUGCAGCGGGGAAAAUCGUCGCUCCGAUCCUACAGGUCCAGCAACCGGAUCGGUUCGCAGUAUGAGCCUGGCGGGUAUGCGACGCAGGUACAGCAACGGUCCAACAUGACGCAACGCGAGGGCAUCUACAAGUUCGAGAAUGAGCGGAUUAAAACGCUGCAGGAGGAGCGGCUGCACAUCCAGAAGAAAACCUUCACAAAAUGGAUGAAUUCGUUCCUAGUCAAGGCCAAGAUGGAGGUCGACGAUCUGUUUACCGAUCUGGCCGACGGAAUCAAACUGCUGAAGCUGCUCGAGAUCAUUUCGGGCGAAAAGCUCGGCAAACCAAACAACGGCCGGAUGCGGGUCCACAAAAUCGAGAAUGUGAACAAAAGUUUGGCCUUUCUGCACACUAAGGUUCGCUUGGAAUCCAUCGGAGCGGAAGACAUUGUCGACCACAAUCCACGGCUUAUCCUCGGUCUUAUAUGGACGAUUAUUCUACGGUUUCAAAUACAGGAAAUCGAAAUCGAUGUGGACGAGGAAAAUGAAUCAUCGGAAAAGAAAUCCGCCAAAGACGCCCUGCUGCUGUGGUGCCAGCGCAAGACCCAGGGCUACCAGAAUGUACACAUCACCGACUUUACCAACUCGUGGCGAUCCGGGUUGGGUUUCAACGCGCUCAUCCACUCGCACCGUCCGGAUCUAUUCGACUAUAACAGCCUACCGCCGGGACGGAACAUUGAGAACCUUAAUCAUGCCUUCGAGGUGGCUGAUCGGGAGCUCGGCAUUCCACGGCUACUGGAUGCUGAAGAUAUCGACACAACCCGACCGGACGAGAAAUCGAUCCUAACGUAUGUGGCCAGCUAUUAUCACACGUUUGCUCGGAUGAAAAACGAACAGAAGGGUGGUAAGCGUAUUGCCAACAUUGUCAACAAACUAAUGGACGCCGACAAGAAAAAGGUACAGUUCGAAAACCUCAUCACCGACCUGCUGAGCUGGAUUCGGACUAAGACAGCGGAGCUGGAAAAGCGCAACUUUCCCAACUCGGUAGAAGGCAUUCAGCGUGAGCUGCUCGCUUUCAAAGAAUACCGCACGAUCGAAAAACCACCCAAGUAUAAGGAACGCUCGGAAAUCGAGGCCUUAUACUUCCAUGUGAACACCCUGCUGAAAUCACUCAACCAACCGCACUAUACUCCCCAGGACGGUAAGAUGAUCAACGAUAUCGAAAAAGCCUGGCGAGCACUAGAAAACGCCGAACACAAUCGGGAGGUUGCACUCCGCGAUGAGCUUCUGAGGCAAGAGAAACUGGAACAGUUGAAUUAUAAGUUCGAGAAAAAGUCAGUAUUACGCGAAGGUUACCUGAACGAAAUGAUUCAGGUACUGUCGGACCCACGAUACGGUGCCAAUCUGCGCCAGGUGGACGCAACCGUCAAAAAACACGAAGCAAUAUCUGCCGAUAUCCUCGCGCGAUCGGAUCGAUUCAACGAUCUAACGGACAUGUGCAAUGAACUACACAACGAAAACUAUCACGGAAAGGAUCGAGUCAAGGCGCGAGAAACUGAAGUGAUCACAAAAUGGAAAGAGCUGUUGGAACUAUUGGAGAACCAUAAGAAUAAACUAUCGCAGUUGAGUGGACUGCUGAAUCUACUACGAGAAAUAGACGCCACAAUGGGUACGAUCAAGGCACUGAAAGCUCAGUUCGCAUCAGAAGAUGUCGGCCCACAUUUGUUGGGAGUUGAGGAGCUCUUGCAGGCGCAUUCUCUGCUUGAGCUCCAAGUCACAACGCUGGGUGAAACCCAGCGGAGAUAUAUACGACAAGGCGAAGCUUUCAAAAGGUCCGGCCACAAAGAUACCAGUCAGAUUGAUCAUAAGCUAGCGGAAUUGGCCAAAUCUUAUCAAGAACUGCAGGGCUGCAGCACGGAGCGUAGAGCUCGACUAGACGAAGCUCGUGAUUUCUACCAGUUCGUGGAAGAUCACGAGAAUGAAGAAGGCUGGUUGGUGGACAAACAGCGCAUAUGCAAGGCCGCAAUCACAGCGAAAGAUUUGCGGGCAGUUGUUUCCCUUCAACAAAAACACAAGGCCUUAGAAGACGAAAUGAAAGUUCGUAAACCGAAAACGGUUCAAAUCAAGGAAGCUGGAAGAAAAUUGAUCACCGACAAACAUCCGAGACGGAGCGAUGUGCAAGCUAAAAUCGAUUCGCUUCGAGAGCAUUGGAAGGCGUUGGAGGAUUUGGUUGAUGUACGCAAACGGCAGCUUGACGACGCUGCCGAGGCCUACCAAUUCUAUGCCGAUGCUAACGAAGCUGAUUCGUGGCUGAAUGAAAAGAUGGCUCUAGUUGCAUCGGACGACUACGGUGUUGAUGAGCCAUCCGCUCAAGCUUUACUUCAACGUCAUCGGGAUCUUCAGGGUGAACUCAAUGCCUACUCAGGAGACAUACUAAAUUUAAAUCAACAAGCUGAUAAACUCAUCAAAGCCGGUAUAUGCACACUGGACUUAUCACCCGAGCCAGAACCUGCUCAGGAAUUAGAACAAGAAGAGUGGGUAAACGAGACGCGCCUGGUUCCGAAAGAGGUAUGGGAAGAGGAACCCGUUGAGCGGUUAGAGCAUAAGACCGUAACAGAAAACAAGCUACUGCCCCAUGUGCGUGCCCUCUAUCCUUUCGACGGUCAGGGUAUGAAGAUGGCAAAAGGCGAAGUAAUGAUUCUCCAGAACAGGACAAACCCUGACUGGUGGAACGUGCGUAAGUUGGAUGGAGUAGAGGGUUUCGUGCCUGCUAACUAUGUUAAAGAGAUCGAGGCACGCCCGGUUCCUUGUCUGAUCCGCAAAGCGGAAAAAGUGAAGGUAAUGCAGAAGGUUAAAAAGACAAUUUUGGUCAAGCAGGUCGUCCCAGUGAAGCGAGUUCGUCCAGCAAAGAUCAGUCAAGCAAAACCGCUAGUUAAACGACGCACCGAUGGAGAUGAGUCGAUCGACAGUAACGAUAGUGUCGAUAAGCGACAAAAGCAUAUCAACAGUACUUACGACCAGCUGCAGGAACUAGCCGAAAGAAGGCGAGCUCUGCUGGAGGACUCUAUUUGUCUGUUCCGCUUCUAUCGAGAAUGUGACGAUUUCGAAAAGUGGAUCAAAGACAAGGAAAAGAUGCUUCGAACGGAUGAUCCGAAGGACAAUGUGGAAACCGCCAAAAGGAAGUUUGAAACCUUCCUUACAGAUUUGUCGGCUUCUUCGAAGCGAGUGGAAGCAAUCGACUCUGACGUUGAAGAUUUCGUUCGUCAGGGUCAUUCUCAGCUUGAUAAAGUCAAAGCACGCCAGCGACAGAUUCACCAAAUGUGGGAACAUUUGAACUACCUGAAGGGUCAGAAAGAAAAGAAUUUGGAGGGCGCAUCGAGUGUGGAGCUAUUUAAUCGUACCUGUGAGGAAGCAAUCGAUUGGAUGAAUGAAAAAAUGACGCAACUAGACAACGCUGAGGUUGGGCCUGAUCUUAAAACUGUACAGGCUCUGCAGAGACGGCACGAAAAUCUCGAACGAGAACUGGCUCCUGUCCAGGAAAAAGUUAGCAGGGUUAAUCUUUUAGGAAACACUGUAAAGAAUUCAUAUCCCUCCGAACGAGAUAACGUUACCGAUAAACAGAAAGACAUCCAAGGGCUUUGGAAGAAAGUUCAAGAAAAGGCGAAAGAACGUCGAUCUCGCUUGGAAAACGCCGUUGGACAGCAAAUUUUCACUAACAGCACAAAGGCCUUGCUCAGCUGGAUCGAAGGUGUCCACAAUCAGCUGAACGCUGAAGAAACGGCAAGGGAUGUGGAAACAGCGGAGAAUCUACUGAAAAAACAUAACGAUUUAGCUGAAGAAAUUAAAGCCCACGACGAUGAGUUCCAGCAGCUGGCGCAAUUGGGUAACCAGCUGCAACAGCGUAAUCCAAAUCUGGUUGAAGUUCCAGAAAUGAUAAACAAACUAGCUACCGAACAGCAAGCUCUACAUGCGGGAUGGCAAACAAAGGAGUGGAAGCUACAGCAAUGUAUCGAGUUGCAAAUCUUCAAUCGCGAAGCCGAUAAGAUUGAUGCCACAACAAAAAGUCACGAAGCAUACCUCGAGUAUGACGAUCUGGGGGAUUCGCUGGAUGAUGUAGAGGCAAUUCUGAAACGACACACCGAUUUCGAAAAUACUCUUGGUGCGCAGGAUAAAAUUUUAAAGAACUUUUCGGAAGGAGCCGAUAAGUUGAUUCGGAACAAUCAUUACGAUUCGAAAUACAUAGCCGAUCGUCGCAAUCAGGUACUCGAUCGCAGAGCAAAGGUGAAAAAUCUCGCCCAGAAACGACGUAACGCUCUGCAAGCAUCCAAGGACUUCCAGAAAUUCUGCGCCGACGUAGAAGAUUUGAACGCGUGGUUGACAGAUAAGGCAAGAAUAGCAGGGGAUGAAAGCUACAAGGAUUUGACAAACCUCCCAAGAAAACUACAAAAGCACAGAGCUUUUGAGCGAGAGCUUCGCGCCAACGAAGGACAAUUACGUACAGUGAAUAAAGAGGGUGAUGCACUGAUUAAGACAAACAAUCGUGCCGAAGAGGUAACGCAAAUGUUAGCUGUGGUUAAUCAAAAGUGGAAAGAAUUGAAUUCGUCUUCACUAGAGAAAGGAAAACGGUUGGAGCAGGCGUCUUUGCAGCGCGAGCAUAACCGAAGCAUUGAGGAUGCUAAGAGCAAACUGGAUGAAUUAGAUGUAGCAUUACAAAGUAAGCAAGUUGGUAGUGAUUUGCGCAGCUGUAAGGACUUGAUGAAUAAGCAUCAAAUUUUGGAAGAUGACAUCAGUAUGUGGGAGCAGAAGGUAGCCGAGUUGGUAACCUCGGGAGAAGAUAUGGCUCAUGAGGGCCACUUCGAUGCCAACAACAUUAAAAACGAAACGAAGAAACUACAGAAUCUGUUCGCAAACCUGAAAGGUCCGGCCGCUAAACGACGAGAAGCUUUGGAAGAAAGCCUGCGUUUCCAUAAAUUCGUUUUCGAACUGGAUGCUGAGCUGCAAUGGAUCAAUGAACAUCUUCCGGCUGCCAGUUCGGAAGUGAUUGGUCAAAACUUACAUCAGGCUCAAAGCCUAUACAAAAAGCACAAGAAGCUGGAAGCAGAAAUUGAAGGUCAUCAACCUAUGAUAAACAAAACACUGACAUCAGCGGAAAACCUGAUUAAUCAAAACCACCCGGAGAAGGUGAAAGUUAAAGAACUUUGCAAUAAUUUAGAACAUGCCUGGCAUGACCUCCAAGACAAAGCUACUGAACGAUCGAAAAAACUUGAACUUUCGCUCAAAGCUCAGCAAUAUCUUUCAGAAGCGGGUGAAAUCGAAACUUGGCUCGGGGAGCGCAACAACGUGCUGCGAUCGACCGAUUAUGGACGUGACCGCGAUGCAGCAACCAAACUGCUAACCAAGCAUAAAACAAUAGAGCUGGAAUUGGAUACCUAUUCUGGGAUUGUAUCGGAGAUGGGCCACGCAGCUUCGGCCAUGGUAUCCUCCAAGCAUCCGGAUAGCAAAAUGAUUGCUGCCAAGCAACAACUGAUCGAGAAGAUGCUGAAGUCCCUGCAAAAAUUGGCAGCCCAGCGACAGCUGCGUCUUAUGGAAAGUCUGUACCGUCAUGAGUACUUCAUGGAAUCGACCGAUCUGGAGCAAUGGAUCAAAGAACAGGAACAGGCCGUCAAUUCGGAGGACUACGGUCAUGAUUAUGAACAUUUACUGAUAUUGAAAAACAAAUUUGACGACUUGAAGCACCGCAUUGAAGUCGGAGCCGAGCGAUUCAACCAGUGUGAGGAGUUCGCAAAGAAGCUCAUCGGCAGUGACAGUCCGUACGCUGCGGAUAUCGAGAAACGACAGGAACAGUUGAGCGGAAAGCAACCAGUUUACACCGAGGCCCAGCUGGAUGUCGUUGAAAACCUCGAUCAGAUUUGCAAUUGCUGGCAGAAUCUGCUGAAACAGUUGGCUGCCCGCGAGAAGAAACUGCACGCCGCUGGCGAAAUCCAUCGCUUCCAUCGCGAUGCUGCUGAAGCACUCUUCCGCAUUCAGGACAAAAAUGCUGCUCUUUCGACCGAGCUAGGCAAAGAUCUAAACUCGGCCCUGGCGCUGGCCCGGAAGCAUGAAGCAUUCGAGAACGAGCUGGUGGCGCUGGAAGCACAACUCCAGUUUCUAGUGGAUGAUUCGUUGCGACUACAGGCCAAGUAUCCAGGCGAUAACGCGAAAGCGAUUGCCGUUGAGCAGGAGAACGUCAUUCAGGCGUGGAAUGUGCUAAAGGAGAAGUCAGCUCUGCGAAACGAUCAGCUGCAGGCCAGCUGUGACCUGCAGCACUUCCUGACCCAAGUGCGUGAUUUGAUGUCGUGGGCGACCAAUUUGAGGGCGACACUGCAAGCCGAAGAACACGUAAGUGAUGCAACGGGAGCGACGGCAUUAAAGAUCCAACAUGAUGCCAUUUACGGAGAGAUAGAGGCAAGGGAAGAAACUUUCCGCUACCUGAACGAACUGAGUGAUUCGAUGGUACAGACGGGACAUUACUCCGCAACGGAAGUGGAGGAAAAGUGUUCCGCAUUGUUGGACGAAAGGGCGAAGCUGCAUUCCGCCUAUAACAAGAAAAAGAUUCUCCUUGAGCAGAAAAUUGAUCUAUUCUGCUUCAUGCGGGAUGCGAAGGUAAUUGACAACUUGAGCAGCGGACAGGAGGCAGCCUUGUCUAGCUCUGACUUUGGGCAGACAGUGGAAGUGGUACAAGAUCAGGUGAAAAAGCACGAUGCCUUCGAGAAGCUUAUUCAAACACAGGAUGAGAAGGUUGCGAUACUGCAAGAUCACGGCAGGAAGCUGGUAGAACAGAACCACUAUGACAGCGAGAAUAUACGAAGAAGAUUGAGGGAAAUUGUCGAUCGUAGGCAACACAUCAAGGAAUUGUGUGCGAAGAGACGGCAGAAGCUGCAGAAUGCGUUGUUAUAUGCGCAGUUCAUUCGCGACUGUGCCGAAGCAGGAGCUUGGAUUAACGAGAAACAGAAGAAGCUGGAGGCAGAUGCUGGCAGCUUUGCCGAUGUAACUAACAUGGAUGAUAAGAUUAAGAAGUUACAAAAGCAUCAGGCUUUCCAAGCAGAAGUGGCAGCUAACGAGGGUCGCAUUAAGGAAGUGAAACAGAAAGGAGAGACACUGAUUGCCAAGGAGCACCAAUGUGCGUCGGAAAUCAAGGAAGAAGUUCGCAAGUUGCGUGAGUCAUGGAAAGUUCUAUUGAAUGAAGUGUUGACCCGUGGUAGAGGUUUGGAGGAAGCUCAGGAUAUAUUGGAAUUCAACAGUCAGUUAGAUAAGCUCGAGGCUUGGAUUCGUGACAAAGAGAUGAUGGUUAACGCCAGCGAUACUGGUCGAGAUUUAGAGCAUUGCAACGCUUUGAAACGUAAACUCGACGACGUCGAUUCUGACAUGCGAGUAGACGAUCAAAGAAUUAGAACAAUCAACGUGUUAGCAGAUAAGCUGGUGACGCAAGGUAAAGCACCGAACGAAUCUAAGAACGUGCAACAGAGAAGAAAUAAUUUUAACAAUAAAUGGAAAUCACUGCAAGGUGCAUUAAAUAAGUACCGGGAGUUGCUGGAUGGAGCCUACGAAAUUCAUGUUUUCGAUCGGGACAUCGACGACACUGCGGAGCGGAUUGCAGAGAAGCAGUUGGCGAUGAGUGUGGAGGACACCGGGCGUGAUUUGAACGCGGUAGAAUCAUUGAAGCGAAAGCAAGACGCAAUGCAGCGAGACAUGACGGCAGUGCAACAAAAGAUUGCAGAACACGAAAAAAGAGCCACUGUAUUGGCCCAGAAAUAUCCUGACAAUGCAGGUAAUAUUGAAGAUAAACUGGAAGAAUUGAAGCGACAGUGGCAUAACCUGCAAGAAGCCAGCGUGAAGCGAGCAGAUGCUCUAGAUAAUGGUUACACGGCGCACAAGUUUACAGCUAACGUCAAAGAGUUGGAGUUGUGGACGAAUGACAUGAUCAAAAAGAUGGAUUCAGUUGUCAGCCCAGCAACGAUCGGUGAAUGCCAAGCGCAAAUUCAGUUACAUCGGGAACGUAAGGCGGAAAUUGAUGGACGCGAUAAGGUAUUUAAAGCUCUGCAGGAGCACGGCGAGCGACUGGUGGCCGAAAACAAGGCUAAUGGAAUUAGAAACGAUUACGUAGAAAAGGCGUUGCGACAGCUGGAAGAUUUGAACAAGCAACUUCACGAUUCAUGGAAAGGUAAGGAUCGUGGAUUGAAAGAAGCACACCAGCUCCAACAGUUCAAGGAACAAGCCGAUCAGAUUGAAGCUUGGCUUGCAAACAAGGAAGCCUUCCUCAACAACGAUGAUGUGGGAGAGUCUUUCACAGCCGUGGAAGCCCUAAUCAAAAAACACGAAGCAUUUGAGAAGCUGCUUGCCGCUAGCAGAACCGAUGAGCUGGAAAAGUUUGCGGAGGGAAUUCUCGCUGAAAGUCCAUUCGAGGCGGACGUCAUCAAACAGCGGUUGUGCGCGGUUAUGGCCAGGAAGAAGAAACUUUUGACCUCGUCGGCUGCAAGGAAACAAAAACUUAUGGAGUCGUGGCAGCUGCAGCAAUUCUUGCGCGGACUGUACGAGGUCACUAAAUGGAUCUCGCAGAAAAUGCAAGUCGCACUAGACGAAAACUAUCGGGAACCGAGUAAUUUACAGAGUAAAAUACAAAAGCAUACUGCUUUCGAUGCAGAACUUAAUGCGAAUUCCGUUCGGGUUUCUGCUAUCAUCGAGGAAGGUGAAUCACUCAUCAAGGCAGAUCAUUAUGCAAAGGCGUUGGUGCAAGAACAGCUCGAUAUUUUGGAAGCCGAUUGGCAGAAACUUCGCGAAACGUCCAGUGAAAAGAAAGAACGCCUCGGAGAAGCCUAUGAGGCACGAUUAUUUGAAAGAAAUUUGGAAGAUUUCAAUAAUUGGAUGGAUGAAAUUGAGCUGCAACUCUCAUCUGAAGACUACGGUCGAGAUCUGGCCUCUGUCAAUAACCUUCUUAAGAAACACGAAAUGUUGGAAGCCGACGUGACACAUCACUUGGAAGUAUGUGAACAGAUUACAGCUACCGAUGAGAAAUUCCUUGCUUCCGAUCACUUCUUGAAGGACGACCUGCAUGAGGUUGCCAUGCUGACUGUCAAACGUUACCACUCGCUCCACGAACCGACCACAAUCAGGCGGGAUAAUCUGGAGGAUUCGUUGCAGCUGCAUCAGUUCUUGCGGGAUGCCGAAGAUGAACUAUUCUGGUUGAAUGAAAAAGAAUCGCUGGCAGCUUCAAAAGACCUUGGAAAUAGUCUCACAGCCGUACAAACACUACAGAAAAAACACCAGGCAUUGGAAGCGGAAAUUCUUUCCCAGGAACCAAUAAUUUCUUCGCUUAUUCAACGCGGUCAACAGAUGAUUCGGGAAAACCAUUAUGCCAUGGAGCAAAUUGAACGACAGUCGAACCAAUUGCAGCAGAAACUGGUUAAUUUGCGGAAUCUGACCAGCGUUCGACGAUUGCGUCUUUUAGAUGCAGUCGAAAGCCAACAAUUUUACGCCGAAGCGAAUGAGGCCGAAUCGUGGCUGAGAGAGAAGAAACCGAUCAUUUCAUCCCAUGAUUAUGGUAAAGACGAAGAUUCCGCAAGCUCGUUGCAGAAGAAGCUAGAUGCACUACAGCGGGAGCUAGUGGCUUUCCGACCGACGGUUGAAAAAAUUGACAAGCUUGCGGCAGGCUUGCAGGAACGAGGACACUUUGAUAGUGAAAAAAUCAAGCUAAAGAACGAUAAAAUUCAGUAUCAAUUCCAGGAACUGAAUCGUCUUGCAGGUGAAAGAGAAAAGAAACUGGCAGAGACGAAAAAAUUGUACGAAUUCAUUCGCGAGAUAGACGAUCUGCAAGAGUGGAUCGAGAUGCAAAUGACAAUAGCUGGAUCGGAAGAAUACGGAACGGACGUCGAGCAUGUUGAACAACUGGCGGCGCAGUUCGAGUCGUUUGUAUCUAAUAUCAACUCUAACGAAAGCCGUGUUAGUACUUGUCUAGCGAAGGGAAAAUCACUUCUGAACGAAGGAAACCCUAACAAGGAUAUCAUCAAAGGAAAACGUGAUGAAACGAAGCAACUGUGGGAAGAGUUAAAGGAUUUAGUUCUGGCUCGACAGGAAGCCUUGGCAGGUGCAAAGCAGGUCCAUUUAUUCGAUCGUACGGCAGAUGAAACAAUCAGUUGGAUUAACGAGAAGAUCUCUGCUGUUCUUUCCGAUGAUUACGGUCAUGAUUUAGAGACUAUACAAGCGCUAGUACGCACGCACGAGAGCUUUGAAGCCGAACUCGGCGCUAUCAAAGAACAGUUAGAAUCUGUUGUUUCAGAAGCUCAAAAGCUUGGCGAUACUUUCCCCGAUGCCAAGGAACACAUCGAAGUCAAACGGGAUGAAACAAUCGAAGCGUGGUCCGAGUUGAAAGAAAAAACCUUCCAGCGAAAGGAGAAGCUUAUGCAAGCCGAACAGUUGCAGGCCUAUUUCGACGAAUAUCGGGAUUUGAUGGCCUGGAUCAAUGAGAUGUUAGCUCAAAUAACGGCCCCUGAACUGGCUAAAGAUGUUGCUGGAGCCGAAGCUUUGAUCAGUAAAAUUCAAGAACAGAAAACUGAGGUUGAUUCACGAAACGAAGGCUUUGACACUUUUUACAAAACGGGAACUAAGUUGAUAAGGGAUGGCCAUUUUCUUGCGAAUGAGAUUCAGGAAAAGAUUGCCAUUCUUGGACAACGAAAACGUCUGUUGGAUAACACUAUCAUCCAACGAGCAGAAAUCUACGAACUUAAUCUUGACACUCAGCUAUUCCUGAAGGAAGCCGAAGUAAUUGAAAACUGGAUCAUAACCCGCCAGGUUCAGCUGAAGGACGCUAAGCUAGGCGACUCGAUUGCUCAGGUUGAAGAUCUUAUCAGGAAGCAUGAAGAUUUCGAAAAAACCGUUGCAGCCCAAGAAGAGAAAGUUCUAGCGCUCAAACGAAUAACGCUUCUGGAGCAAAAGUUCAAGAAGCAACUGGAAGCCGAACAGGCUGCUCGUAUUGCCGAGAAGGAACGCGUCGAGCGAGAACGCCACGAGGCUUUGAGACAGAAGGAAGUUCAACGAAUCACCGAGGAACGUCGAAGGCACGAAGUCAACAAUUCGCCUUCAGUUGUGAAUGGAUACUCCGACGGUACGCCCAAUAAGUCAACCACACCUAGUCAUCUAUCGCCUGCCGUGUCUGCUCGCUUAACAAAGGAAGCACCAGAAAUUUCACCUGCAGUUCAAAAAUCUAACUCGUUUGCUGCUAUGCUGCAGGAACGGCUUCGAAGAGGCUCCGAGGGUAACAUCAAACGAGCAGAGAGUAUGAAAAUCGGUCCAAAACCAGCCAAACGCACUCCAUCCUUCACCACACGCCGAAGGGCCCAGAGCUUCCGUAAAAACCAGCGGGGCAAUGAACCUGCCGAAUUUGAUUUACCCCCAGUUGAAAUUCAGGGUAUGUUGGAACGAAAACAUGAACUUCAGUCCGGUGGCAAAAAAGCUCCUGUUCGUUCCUGGAAGCCAUUCCAUACUGUACUUUGCGGACAGUUGCUCUGCUUCUUCAAGGACGUCGAAGAUUUCGCGCAGAAGAAAGCAGCCACAGCCCCGGUCAAUAUUCUGAAUGCCAAAUGCGAACCAGCUGAGGAUUAUACCAAGAAGAAGAACGUUUUCCGGCUCGUUCUAUUGGACGGGUCGGAGUUCCUCUUCCUGACUGGGUCGAAGGAUUCGAUGAACGAAUGGGUCAACAAGAUUGCGUUCCACGCUGCUUUACCACCAAAUCUCCAGCUAAUGAGCUACGACGAGUCGCUGAAGCAAUCCACCGACGGUACCGAACCUGCCAAACUUCUUGGCCUGCAGCUUAACCCCCAAUCCCCGAUAUUAGACCGAAGUGAUGCCAAUUCAUCCAUUAGUUCACGAACUUCUUCGCCCGAUUCACAGCGACGGGAUUCGCGUGCCUCGCUGAACAGUGCCAAGUCUGGUGGCUCCGGUAGUAAUAACAGUAACAGCUUGCCAACUCCCCAGAUAAACUUUCUGCAGAAACAGAAAGAGCUCCGCGAGUUAGAGAAUCUGCAACGACAGUCCCAACAUCAGCAACAUAUGAGUACCUUCCAGGCACCUCAAUCACCACAGGAACACUCUGGGCUGGCGGAUAAACCACCGAUACCACCACGCUGUGCUCCUCCGCCAGUCCCUCAGCGUCAGUCUAGUAGCGAUAAUGUGCUGAACAAUAAUGGCGCCAGCAACAGCGCGGUACAAAUCCGCUCCAAAACGGGUAGUUUGAAUGGAAACGAUUACGAUAACGGAAACUAUACAAGCAGUCCCUCGCGGCCCUUCUCUUACCAACACAAUUCGUCUAACCAAAGGGGUACUCCCCAGAACGGUGGUCAGAAUAACAGCACCAAUAAUAACAAUGGGAACGGUGAAGACGUCUGGUUACGUCAUAGUGAAUUGAGGUCAUCAGAAAAUCCUCCACCGCCGUUACCAGCUACGUCUCCUCCGUUAAGUACAUUUUCCCCGCUGAAGCCACCUUCCGGCUUUCAGCAUCACCAUCACCACCAGCAGCAGCAAAAACUACUACAGGACCAAUUUAUCCGGCGUGAACGAGAACAAGCGAAUGUCAGUAACAAUAACAGUGGGUACAUGAAGAUGAACAGCUCAUCCGGACGAGAAAAUAACAACAACUUGUCGCGUACAACCUGGCAUCAGCAUCUGCCGACGGCUGCCGGUUCCAACGGUGGCCCGAUCGAAUAUCACCAGCAAAUGAACAACGGCAACAACACCUUCGGGAAUAAUAUCAACCUUGACGGAUACUCUUCCGGAUGGGGUCAAUCGCGACAUGAGACGACAAGGCCAGCUUCCUUGCCGGUGGGUGGCGGAUCUGGUCCGAGCAUAAUACCGACUACCGCUGACUUAGUGCUAGGACGACAACAUGCCGGCCAAUCGGCGGAAAGUUCGAGCGAAAGUGAGGCCAGCUUCAUCAAGGGUGGCGGUAGUAAAGAUAAGGACAAGAAGAGCAGCAGUGGUGGAGGUGGCGGCGGCGGAGUGUUCAGAAUAUUCUCCAAGAAAAAGUCCAAGCAUCAGAACUAAACUCUGAGUUUCUGUAUCAACUGAUUAGUUGGUACAAUUCUUUGCGAUUCCAAUCGUAACCAAGCAAAUCCGAUUGUAAAAUAUUACUUUUAAUAAUUAUGUAUCAUUUUUAAAAAGAUAAGUACCAGCAGCUCGUUUAAAGACACUUGUUUUUUUUUUCUUGAAGCCCCAUAUUUUGUUUUUAUUUAAGUGCAAAAUGUUAUUGUAUCACGCGUAUUCUCCGAUGCCUGUAAUCCAUAAUAGAAUACUACUUUAUGUUCAGCAAAAACAGCCUAAUCUUCUAUCAUCUAGCCAAGAGUACAGUUUAUUGGGGUUCAGUUUAAAAAUCGCGAAUAGUUAGGAAUCUUAUUUAUAUCCCGGAUUAAUAAUUGUGGAAUUUUAGCGAUUAUGUAAAAUAUGAAACAAAAUAAUAGCUGGUUUAAUGCUAGGAUAAACCCGUAUGUAUCGUAAGACUAGAAGUCAUCGUCCGAGAUGAUUGACCGUAAAAUAGUAUAUACACGUGUUUACUAUUGUAGUACCUUAGUUUUUGUUAUCAUAUAGAUUUUAGAUAAGUAAAAUUUAAUAAAAUUUUGAAGUAUUCGACUGCACUUGUAA